AUGAUUAGCUUGAUCAAUGAAGGUGACACGUCAUUAACACAGUGGAACAAUAUGAUGGGGAUAAAUAGUGAUAGCGAUGAGAGUGAAAAUGGUUGGGUACAUUGGUAUUGUGGAUUGAGGGAGCAUUAUUUUUUCAUAGUGAUACCAAACGAGUAUACUAGGGAUGCUUUUAAUUUGUAUGGUUUGAGACAGUACUUCCCAAAGAACUAUGACAGCCUAAUCGAGUUAAUUUUAUCAUCUAACAUCCCGGAUGAGGAUGACUUAGCGGACCCUGCUUUGCAGGACUUACAUAGGGAGGCAGGAGAACUAUAUGGUUUGAUCCAUGCAAGAUAUAUUACUACUCCAAGGGGCUUACAGAUAAUGAAACAUAAAUAUGACAAGGGAUGUUUUGGAAAAUGCCCUAGAGUCUUAUGUAAUGGAUACAAAGUACUCCCUGUUGGUAUUACUAAUGAGUUGAGAAGUAGGAGAGUUAGAGUUUAUUGUCCCAAUUGCCAGGAAGCAUAUGAUCCUAGAAGCGUUAAUCUAAUCGAUAUUGAUGGUGCAUUCUUUGGCACUUCUUUCCCACAUAUUUUCUUACAGGUAUACCCAGAGUACAUUUCAACAUCCUGUCCGGAGCCAUAUUAUCCGAAAAUUUUUGGAUUCCGAGUUUCAGAGAAGCUUAGUAUAAUUGAACGAAAAGGCAUCAACGGUGAAUAUGGUAAAAGAGCACAAGCAGAAAUGUUUAAAGAAAGGCCCUCAUCUGUAAAACAUAUAGAGCAACCACAACAACUCAGCAUUGGUACUGGAAAGUUUCAGAAUUCAAUAGCAGAUGGCUCUCAUGCGAACGCAUCUUCAAACCAUGAUAAUGUGAAUUCCAGAAAUUCGGAAUAUAAUUCAACAGCUUCUUCUAAAACGAUUAAGUCUUCCAACACUUCUAAUGUGAAUGGUUCUGCUUACCACCCUGAAGAUAUAACUAUGAACCAAAUGAAAUAUAGUUUAAACUCAGCAGGUGGUAGUUGUAGUUACAGUAGGCAAUGA